AUGGGAUUAAACGGGGGCGUCAGGAUCAUUGUCAUGAAGUUCCAGGCUCCGCGGUUCAUCAACCCGAAUGAAUUCGCCAAUCGAGUGACAAACAUUCCUCCAUUGAUACGGGAGGUUUUUCGAUCUUUGACCGCACCCUCCGAAAGUAACAUAAUUGAAGAAUCUGAAUAUAAACCAAAUGUCCCUACAGAAUUUGUACCAGUUGUAAAUAGUGUUUUCAAAUCACUAAAUUUGGCAGUAAAAAUGUAUACAGAUUAUGCAUGGCAGGGUGGCAAGGAUAAACCAAAACCUCAUGAUACAUUGGCUACAAGUUCUGUCAAGAGGAAACCAAAUUCAAACAAGAUAAAUAUUGGGUGUACAACAAAGAUUAUAUUUGAAAAUGUUUAUGGAACAACAGAUUACAAAGUUAAGAAAUUCUUUGAAAUGCACAACCACCCACUGGAAAGUAUCGAGGAAAGACCUUAUACGAAAAAGACAAGAAAGAUGUCAUAUUCUGAAAAGGAGUUUGUAGUACAUGCAUCAAAAGCUAAAAUUGGUCCCACAAUGGCUCACAAAAUACGAGCAGUUUUGAAAGGAGGAUAUGAAUAUGUAGGGGCAAAGGUAACAGACUACAAAAACUUGAGGAGAGGAGUAAAUAGAAUCUUAUGCUACAAGGAUGCUCGAAUAAUGAUAAACAAAAUGAAUGAUCGUAGAGAUCAUUACCCAAAUUAUUCAUUUGAGUUCCUACGUGAUGAAGAUAUGUUGGUUGCUAUGUUUUGGGCAGAUGAAAGAGAAAAGGCUUUUUAUGCAGAGUUUGGAGAAGUUGUAUCUUUUAAUGCAACUUUUAGAACAAACAAGUAUAAAAUGGUAUUUGUUCCAUUCACAGCAGUUGACCACCACAAGAAAUCAGUUAUUGUUGGUGCUGGGUUGCUGAGUAGAGAGAUAAUUGAGUCAUAUGAAUGGCUGCUUAAAGCUUUUCUUAGAGAUCAUGAAGGGAAAGCACCAAAAAUUGUUAUAACUUAUCAAGAUGAAGAAAUAAAACAAGCAGUGGAAUCUGUCUUGCCAAAUUCAAGACACAGACUAUGCAUGUGGCAUAUAAUGAAAAAACUACAAGCAAAGGUAUAA